UGAAUAUAUACGUUUUCAGAGGCUCACAAAGAACUUUGCAAUUGCAUAUGUUUAUCUUUCUGUAGUUGACCUAUGGCUCUGCUCCAAUCAUGGAUAAAGAGACUCAAGCUGUUUUCUUCCAACAAAUGUUUCCGAAUGAAUCCCACCAACGUAAGGGCCUCCUGCAGUUAUUGCUGUAUUUCAGAUGGAUCUGGAUUGGAAUUCUUGUAGUAAAGGAUGAGAAAGGAGAGAAAUUUGUCCAGGAGAUACUCCCCACAUUUUCUGAGUAUGGCAUCUGCAUUGAAUUCAUAGCAGAAUUAUCAAAUGUAGCUUUUUACAGUGAUUUUACUGAUACCAUAGAUGAAGGAUUACACAUAUACCAUGUUCUCAUGAACAGCACAGCCAAUGUGAUAAUCUUAUAUGGUGAAAUUCAGUCCUUAUCACUUCUGAGAACUUUCCUCCAGUUUUCAGAAGUGGAGGAUAUACCAAGGAAGAAUAAGAUCUGGCUUAUAAAUGCUCAAACAGAUUACACUUCAGUUGCCGUUCAUAAAUCUUUGGAUAUCCAUUUUCUGCAUGGUGCUUUAUCCUUUGCCGUUCACACAAAGGAGAUCCAAAACUUCCAGGAAUUUCUUCAAAAUCUAAAUCCAACCAACAAUCAGAAUGAUCAUUUUCGGAAAGUGUUCUGGGAGCAGGCAUUCGGUUGUUUCUUCCCAAACUCAAAAAUGGAGGCGUCUGAGAAAAAGUGCACUGGACAGGAGAAACUUGAAACCCUUCCUACAUCUGUGUUUGAAACACGCAUGAGUAGCCAGAGUUACAAUAUUUACAAUGCAGUCUAUGCUGUGGCACAUGCUUUGCAAUCUCUCUAUAUAUCAAAAUCUAGAGAAUCAACAAUGAUGAAAGAAAGAAAGAAACAUUUUCACAAUCAAAUAUGGUGGCAGGUUCAUUCUUUUCUGAGAAGUGUCAGAUUCAACAACAGUGUUGGUGAAAAGAUCUCCUUUGAUACAAAUGGAGAAUUCAUUGGUGGAUUUGAUAUUAUCAAUUGGAUCACAUUCCCAAAUCAGUCUUUUGCAAGGGUCAAAGUUGGAAUGGUAGAUCCCACAGCUCCAGCAGAGAAGUUCUUCAAUAUUUCUGUAGAUUUCAUCACAUGGCCAGUAGGCUUUAAUCAGACAUUACCUCUAUCUUUGUGUAAUGAUCCUUGUGAGACAGGACACAGUAAGGCCAAGAAAGAAGGGAAGUUGUUUUGUUGCUAUGAUUGCCAUCUAUGUCCAGAGGGGAAAAUAUCAGAGGAGAAGGACAUAGAUGACUGCUCUCCAUGUCCAGAAGAUCAAUACCCAAAUCCCGGGAAAAAUAUGUGCAUUCCAAAGCGGAUCACCUUUUUGUCCUAUGAAGAACCCUUGGGGAUCAGUCUGACUGUUCUUUCUCUUUGCUUUUCGUUAAUGACAGCUUUGGUAAUAACAAUCUUCAUGAAACACAAAGACACUCCCAUCGUCAAAGCCAACAACCGGAAUCUCACUUAUACACUCCUAGGCAAAUUCAUCCCUAACUACAAGUGUGGGAUCACAAAUACCUUGGCUGCAGUCAUUGGGACACCUGACAUCUCUUUUCACAUGGCAACUGUAUUGGGAAUCUACAAAAUUCCUCAGGUACAGGGAAUAGAAAGUCCACCAGCCCUGUCCUCUCUGUCCCAAUGCUUGCUGGCCCUGCUGCUACAAGGACACUUCUCAACUGCUGGCCUCCAAACAAUGGCCUGUGCUGCUGCUGACCUCAUGGGGGCUCUUUGCCCCCCUGGUAGUGCUGCUCUCGGCUACCCAAGUCGUCCCAGAUCUAUGACCUCCAGACCGCCCCGCUGCUGCCAGUUGAGCCAUGCUGACUGCACCGUCUCUCAUAGCCAGCAAAUGAUGGGUCCAAUUCCAGCCAACCACAGCUCAGCCAGAUGUUUUGAGAAUGCUGAGAUUCCCCCUUCAGGAGAUACCAAGGAUGAUGUACCAGACUGA